UGCAGCUUUCUGGGGAAGCCUCGAGCAUCGACUAGUCGGCUAUAUAGCGACAGCUCGCCUCUCCGCAACGGCCUGAACUGCGGUCGAUUCUUGCUUCGAUGGCGCCAAUCGACCGACGCGCUCUCUAUCGGCGGAAAAUGAAUUAGUUGUAUAUAUUCUCAGAAGGGAUUACUUCGACGGAACUGCUACCUAGCGGUACGGAUAAAUUACGAAUAAGCUGACUUUCCUGGUAUUCGGAGAUCUUCGAUAAGAUCGCACGAUCUACGUAUAACCUCGUAAACUAGCGACUACUGUUUUGACAGCUCUAAAAUAACGGAGCAAUCCGCACAAUUUUGCAUUAUGAGUAUUCGUAAAGAUUAUUUUAUAUUUAUUUGACAAAUAAUAAAACGUUUCUAACUCGUUGUAUACUUGUAAAAUUGUCGAAAGAAAUAUGUCUGCAAUUAUAGACGAUAAAGUGGUUGCGGGAGCAAAAAGUUUAAAUACUAUUAAAGAGGAUCCGAUUGUAGCAUUGACAGAAAAAGUAAAGUCUCUUUAUUUCUUUCGGGAUCAUUAUUUUGAAAAUCAUCUUAUUAAAGAAGCUAUUAGAAAAAACAGUGAUGUGGAGAAAGAAAUGAAAGAAACUAUUAGUAAAUUCGAUGAAUGUAAAGGUUAUGAGAUAGACGGUAGCCGAGCAAAGUAUUAUUAUUUAAAAGGAAAGGCUUUAAAUGUUGUAGAUCGUUAUAUUCCUCAAGCCGAAGAGCUCUUGAGUAAAGCUGUAAAAUUAGAACCAAAUUUAACCGAAGCUUGGAAUGAAUUAGGAGAAUGUUAUUGGAAGAACGACGACAUUCAGCAGGCUAAAAAUUGUUUUGUCGGUGCUUUAUCUCAUGGUAAAAAUAAAGUCUCUUUACGUAAUCUAUCUAUGGUAUUAAGACAAGAACCAACUUCGACUACGGAACAACGUGCACAGAAUAUUCAACAAGGAGUCGAAUAUGCUAAAGAUUCUGUCAGUUUAGAUACAACCGAUGGUACCUCUUGGGCAAUAUUAGGAAAUGCUUAUUUGUCAUCUUUUUUUACACUAGCACAAAGUCCAAACACUUUACGUCUUUGUAUGUCAGCAUAUGCACAAGCAGAAAAAGAUAUUGUAGCAAGAAGUAAUCCAGAUUUAUUUUAUAACAAAGCUAUUGCAUUAAAGUAUCAAGAGGAAUACAAUCAAGCAUUAAAUUCGUUUGAAAGGGCAAUGUCAUUGGAUCCUACAUGGGAAACUCCAUGCAAUAAAAGAGAUGAACUGUUACAAUAUUUAAAAGACGUACAGAAUUUAGUAAAUACAAAUGGGCGUGUUAAACCUAAAAGGCUUUAUCAAAUGAUUAGGGCAUUGGAUGCAAAACACUUAGGACCAUAUAAAGGUGGAUCAUUUACAUCUGGUGAAAAAUCUAUAAAGUUAGAUUUAACUCCAUUGAAAAGCAUAGUGCUUGGAGUAAAUAGGGAGAAAGUUAUACUUGGGAAAGUAGUAUGCUGGAUUCAGGAUUCCGAUUGUGUCCCUUUUGCAUUUUGUCUUGUUGACCAUGAGAAAACGUGUAUUGCCGUUACGCUAUAUAAUUUAGCUAAGGGCCGAGGAGUUACGGUUGGUGAUUCGGUCGCUAUUCCAGAGCCUUUUGUGAUACAUCACAAAUUUUCUUACAUGAACAAUGAUUUCGACUUCAAGUCUAUACGCGUUGAAACACCGAUCAUAUUAGUUGUUAAUGGAAAAAAAUUGGGUAUCGAACAACAAGCUGGAGUUAAGUUACAUACCUUUAAAAAGACCGACUGAGAUAAAUUUUUUAAACAAAUAUUAAAGUACUUUCAUGAAAGUUGAUCACCGCAUUAUCAUAUAAUUUUAUUUAAUUUUAUAAAGAAAAUAAGAUGGUAUUAGAGAAAGCUUGCAAAAAACAUCUUUGCGAGUAAUAAUUUCUAAUAUCGCGGUAAAUAAGAUUCUCUCAUGUUUUAUAUAUGUAUAUAUAUAUAUAUAUAUAUAUAUAUAUAUAUAUAUAUAUAUAUAAAACAUUAGUUUAUAACGAGUUUUAUACACUUUCGAUUAUUUUCGUGCUGUUGCACGUUGAAACUUUACUUACUAUAGACCUUUAAUGGAUUACUUUAGCACAAACAUUCACUUCAUUUAAAAGAGAAGGAUCUAUUCGUAUGGUUGCAUAAUUUACAUUAUUUGUGUAUUAUAGGAUGUAUUUUCAGUCUAUUAUUUACGUUGAUUGUUAAAGACUCUUGAAAACAUGUUUGAUAUGUUUAUGUUACACUAAGUUAUUGUAUUAUCAUGUUGUAUCGUAUUAAGAAUGUUCACUGACUUUGUAGUAAAACACACAGUGAGCUCCGAGUUCUAUAAUCGAUGGCGUUGAUAUCCAAUAUAUGCGUGAUAUAAGAAGGCACGUCAUUUUGCAAUAUUUGAAAAAUAUUUUUUUUUCUUGUUAUAGAUGUCAAUUAAUAGUGAUACUCUUUAUAGAAAAUAUAUGUAUAGAUACUUUCCUUGUCCGUAACCUGAGAAAGAAUUUAAAGCACAAUAUUCUAAAGACAAUCUGAAUAUCGAGUCGGUACAAUUACAGUUUGCAUAAGUUUAAAUCGACCCAUCUAUAUAUGAUGAAUGUACAACAAAUAAUUAAUUCUACCGAUAAACAAUAUAUACAAGUCUUUUAUCGAAAUACUUUUUAAAGAGCACAAUAUAUGAAUUGAUACGCGUAAAUAGCGUUUUUUUAUCGUUCAAAAUACUAUAAUAUAAUACGAUUAAAUUUCGAUAAAAACAUAUUCAAUUCGGCAGUGAUCAUGUAUAAUAAUAGAAAACUGCGUAAAAUCACCAAGUUCGCAUUGUUUUCUAAUAUCUAACCCCAGUAGGUUCAUCGUGCCAAUAGAAUAAGUUUUUUUCGUGUGUGUAUAUAUAUAUAUAUAUAUAUAUAUAUAUAUAUAUAUAUAUAUACAUAUA